UUUCUUUCAGUUAGUCGAGCUUUGAUCGCUCACGCGGUGUGAUGUGUCGUUGACAAUAACAAAGUGAGACGCGUAUUCAAUAUUUUUCAUAAAUUAUUCACGUGGCUUGCAAACAUAAACAAAAAUAGUGAUACAAACGGACACUACUGGAUUGUAUUGGUGUGUUAUGACACUAACUGUGAUUGAUAUAAUAUUGUAUUGUGAUAUUUUUAGAUUUUUAUUUCGGUGAUGACUGAUGAUGUUCCAUGGCAAUAGUACUCACGUUAUGGUGUUCGCGUAGUGUUUAUUAGUUACAAUAAGUGGUAAUUGACGUUGCCAUGGCGGCGUUUAAUUUUAGCGUGUGUAUUGUACUUGUUUUAUACCAGCUCUCAGUGGCUUAUAGUGACGAGGCCUCCUCGGAGUCAACGGACCUUGGAAUAAAUGAUGGCAAAGAAAGCGACACAGACGGGGUCCGGUGCUACUGCAACACGGCCGAGUGUGUCAGCACCGGGUAUCUUUGCCGGUCUCCGCGCGGCGGCGGCUGCUACAGCGCGCUGCCUCGCCGCACGCACCACGCCAUGCACGGCUGUCUGCAUCAUUUAGCUGACAUAGAAGAUGAUGCGCUGAACCGGUGUCACAACUCGCCGGUGUCGGGAAGACCGCCGCCGUCAGCAGACUACUCCUUGGUGCUGUGCUGCUUCAGGGACCUGUGCAACCACGAGGACAGUCCCCAGGCUAGGGCCAGGCUCAACAUGACGUCUAAUGAUCUAGACUCAAACGCGGUGGCGAGCGAACGCGGCGCGAACUACAACAGCGAGGUGUGGUUUAAGGCGGCCACCAUCGCCGUACCGGUGUGCGGCGCGCUCAUACUGUUCAUACUGGUCGCGAUAGCUGUACGGAUGCUGAAGGCGGACGCUCUGUUGCACGCCGAUCGGAAAUUAAGAGGCGGCUACAUGUCCCCCCUCCAGCACAACACAGAAGACGUCAAAAAAGUGUGGGUCGGGACCCCCACGGCCCCACUUCUCGUAGCGCCGGGCGGCUGCGUGGUGGCCGUGGAGCGAGCCCAACUAGUGGACGUGCCAAGCCCACUCUGUGAUAUCCAGCGGUAGACUGCUAGUGCCACUAAUCUCUUUGGCGGGCUGUGGUAGAUGGCGGUGUGUGUGUCAGUGUGUGGGACCUUCGGAAAUAAUACCCUCUUGUGUCAGUAAUAGAGACUAAAUUGGUCUGCAGAUUGAACUCGGAUUAAACCAAUCAAAAUAAGUGAUGCGAGCGUAACGAUAAAGCUUUGUCCUGAUUAAUCAAUUUUUGCGAUCGAUCCGGAGUUUAUUAUUAUGGCCGUAAAGCGACCAUGAUAGAGCUUAUUUUUCUACACUUUAAAAAUGCCAAUGUCGCUAUUACUUUCGAUUGCUUAUAGCGAAAAAUGAUAUGGAAAUUGCAUAAAUAUUUAAGAGAUUCGAAGAAAUUUAACAUUUUACUUAUCUCAAGCUACUAUUAGAUAUUGAACAAAAAUGCAUUUUAUAAAUUAUGUGUAAAAUUUUAAUUGCAUUGCCAUAUCAUUUCUCGCUUCAUACAAGAUGCAAAAUAAAAAUUAAAUCAUCUAAGGGUUGAUUUUUUAAUAGUCCGAUAAAAAAUCUAAUAAAUUAUAACUUGACUGAAUAGAAAAGUCAAACAUUUCACCUAUUCUAUCUACACGACUGAAAUUUUUAAUUUGCUAGUGUUGUAUUUUGUCUUAAAUAAACUUAUAUCUGAUUAUUGAACAAUCAGCCCUCACUCAUAUAAAACUAUUUUCUCAGGGGCCUUAUUCCGUCCAUGAGGGCAAAUCCAUCUUUUUUCAAUUACAGGCUUUCUAGUCGAAGGACAGCUUUAAUUGUCAUAUAGGUAAAUCUUUUAUCUAUACUGCUCUUAAAGCAUCUGUCUGCUGUCAUGUUUUAAGUAGAACACCCGUGAUUGCAAAAAGGCGCAUAUAUCCCAACAGACGGAAUAGGCCCUUUGACUUUUCCAUAUUUUACAUAUAAUUUGGUUGUGCACAUUAUAUAAAAACGAAUGUAUGGUUGUUAAAUUAGAUGUAUCGAAACGUUUCACCGCGCAUUAGGGCUCGAUCCAUUGAGAGUGGAAACGCCGCGUUCCGCACGCUCAGCGGUGAAAACUAUUGAAUCUAUACAAAUUUGAUCUCAGAUAUACGUGUAUCCGUCAUUACACUCUCAGCCCGCUGGUAUACCAAAUCUACCACAUUGUAUAUUUAAUUUUGUAAGUGCUUCGUGUUCCUCUAUUGUAAUCUUUGUAAAUGUACUCCCUUUAAGAUUGUGACAGUAACUUAUACAGUUACCACGUGGUAUAUACCGAAUUUACCAUUUAAACAUGCCAUCAUGUGAAUAGGAUAGGUGACCAUUAAUGUGAAGACCACGGAGAUAGAGUCAAUUAUGAUAUGACUGAUUUUGUGUAUAUCAUGUGAACUAUAUUUUCCAAGCUACAUUUACGUACUGAUGCAGAAACGCUAGAAAAUACGUUGUGUAUCAUAACCCUAUUGCUACCAUAAAUCUAAGAGAUUAAAAAUAAAGUGUUAUCUAUUUCUGUAAAAAUAUUGGCGUGAGUUUAAAUUGGAUUGAAAUAAGUUUUAAUUUCAUCGAUUCUAUUUGACAUUUUAAAAAGAUCAAUUUCUGUACGCUUUUAUAGUAUUUGUAGUUGGACUUUCCUUUUUAAAUCAAUUUUAUUACUAUUUUAUGAUGUUAAAGGCAUGUACAAUUUCCUACGAAUGGGAAAUAUUUCUAAGUAAUUCCCAUAAUGGGAAUCAAAGUGCACACAAUAAUGGUACUUAUAGACAAAUAUAUUUUAAUAGUGUAUUCACAUUUAUGACAAAUCACUGCAUGCAUUUUCUUCCAUACACAUUAUAUGUUGUAAAUAUUAGUAGUAAGAUGUUACCUGUUGUGGGCUGUUUUAGUUGAAUCCACUGGCAGUAGCGUUUUCCUAGUCUUUUGUAUCUGAUUUUUUAUAAGCAUUCUGUGUACAUUUGUCGACUCCAGUGGAUUUAGCUCGUGGUCGAAAA